CUGGGAUCCUCAUUGCUUGGCCUACCUCAGAUGGGACCCUGUGGCCUUGCUGGGCAUUAUGGAUUCAUGUGGGGUUCUUGGUCUCUUAUUAGUGCAGUUGUGGGGAGUAUCCGCUGCUCUCUGAGGUUUGUUUUAAGAGUUUCUCCAUUGAAUGCAGUUGGUUCUGGGUUGAAGGGCACUGCUCACGUGACUGCUCAUGGGACUGCUCCCGUGAACAGUGUUAAUGCCAGAAGUCGAAUUGGAAAUUGCAAUAGGCUUUCCAAACCUGGCAUUGGGUGUCCAUGUGGAGGAGAGUUUGCGGCUGAUGACUGCUGGCUUGACGGGUACCAUGAAGACAGUGCACCCCGUCCUUCAUAUUGA